UAAGGAUGCAUCGACACAUAUCGAUCAAAUUUAUAGAACAAAUAGAGCAAAUUUUAAAAUUUUUCGGGUUUGAUAUUAUACAAAACGUAAAAGAACUGAAAUAUUUUUUGAAUAAUGAAAUUAUAACUUUUUACAAAUAGGGUUAGACAUGCGAUCAACACCUUCUAUAAAGUAUUUCCAAACUAAAAAUCGAAUUUUCCAAAGUACUAUUCAUCGUCUCAUUAUAUAAGAAUUUGAAAAAACUAUAAAUAUGUCGAAUUUUCUACAUUUACUUAUACUGUAAUAUUAUAAAAUGGAACUUGUAAAAUUAAAUGAUGAAAAUUCUUUUGAUCCGACACCAAAAUUAAAAUCUAGUUCCGUACCAAUUUUUUUUGUUUCUUUUGAUAAGGAUGAUGAAAAUUGUAUUCAUUGUGGAGAAAAAUACAUGAAAACGCUUUUAAGUAAUCAAAAAUAUUGCAAAACGUGUUUAUCGAGUUAUUUAACUAAUAUAACCGAUAACAAUAUAUACUUGGACUAUUUAUUCACAAAGGACUUAAAAUGUAAUGAACAUGAAAUAAGUAGAAUAAAAGUACUACAAAGUAUUCAAAACCGCUGUAGAAAUUGUUUAAUAAUAUUAUGUUUUAAACAAAUACCUGGUUAUUAUUCUUAUCCGUAUGAUGUGUAUUGCAAAAACGUGAUUAAAGGUGAAAAAUAUUGUAAACUAUGUGGAAAAUUAUUAUCUCGUUAUUGUUCGAUUAUACUUAAAUUAUGUUCAAAUUGUUAUCUAAUAUCUUCCGGACGUAUAGAAUCAACCUUGACUAAAAAACUUAUUUCAAUUAUUUAUUUGCCAUUUUGGGAAAAUAGAACUCAUUGUUAUUGUUCUAAAAAAUUAGUAUUUACAUCAAACUGUCAAAAGUAUUGUGGGGAUUGUUUCGUAUUUGUUAUCGGAUGUAGAUAUUGUUUAAUAACAAAUAUUAUUUUUGGAUAUACAAAUCAAUCACAAUGUAAAAAAUGCAAAAGAGUAUCAACCAUUAUUUUUGAUAUCACAAAUAUUAUUAGUGGGUAUAGUGAUUUAUAUGAUUUUCUUUCUAAUGUAAGAUAUGAAUCGGAAAUAGCUAAAUUUGCUAACGAUGUAAAAAAUAUUGAUAAGUAUUUCGUUCCAUUCGAAAUAUGUGAAAAAUUAUCAAUAAAUAGAUCACAAAUGUUGAAAUAUAUACCAUAUUCUCAAUUUACAAAUGUAAAAAGAAUAGCAAAAGGAGGAUAUGGUAUCGUAUAUCAAGCAACUUGGUUAAAUCGGACUAAAAAUGUCAUUUUAAAAAGAUUUAAAAGCAACAAAUGUUUUUUGGAUGAGUUAAAAUCGAAUUAUCAUUGUUGUUAUGAAAUAUAUUAUGGUCUUAUUGAAACUUAUGGUUAUACAAAAGAUCCCAAAUUGGAUGAUUAUAUAUUAGUCAUGCAAUAUGCAUCAGAAGGAGAUUUACAUAAAUAUUUACAGAAGGAAUUUACAAAAAUUAAUUGGGGAAAAAAAAUAACUAUUUUAGUAUAUAUUUCAAGAGGACUCUUUGCUAUUCAUGAUGAAAAUUUCAUACAUCGAGAUUUACACAGUGGAAACAUAUUGGUUAAUAAUGAUAGCUCAUAUAUUGAAUAUGCCGUAGGAGAUCUAGGAUUAUCACGACAUGCAAAUGAUAUCUUAUCGAAUAAUGAAAUUUAUGGCGUAAUACCUUAUAUUGCACCAGAAAUAUUUAAAGGGUCUACAUUUUCUAAAGAAUCUGAUAUUUAUAGUCUGGGUAUGAUUAUGUGGAAACUUACAACAGGUUGUAAGCCUUUUGCUAAUGUUGAACAUGAUCAUAGACUUAUUUAUAAUAUUAUUGAUGGUGUACGACCUGAAAUUACAGAAGAUACACCAAAACAUUAUGCUAAUGUAAUGAAAAGGUAUUGGGAUUCUGAUCCUAAAAAAAGACCUUCUGCAAGGGAAAUUUUUGAUUUUUGUAAUGAUUGGUCUUAUAAAUUAUCAUAUUCUGAAGCUGAAUUAAAAAAAAAAGAGUUAAUAAAUUCAAAGAAGCUUGGUCCCAAGUUUAGUGAAAAGCCUCAUCCAAAAGCUAUUUAUACAAGUAGACCAAUAAGCUCUUACAUUUCAAAAUGCUCAUCUAUAUUUACUAAAUGUUCAUCUAUCAAUUCUUCAAAUGAUUACACUUCAAUAGAAGUAGUAUUAGAUGUAGACAUUGAAAGUAAAUCCAAAUUACUUGGAACCAAGAGAAAGAUCGAAGAAUUAUUAAAUAAUUCUUAUGAGAAUAAUGGAAAUAAUGGUAAAUAUUUUAUUUGAUUAAACGUUAUCAAUAUUUGUUGUCUUAUUUUAUUUAUUUAUUUUAAAAAUAGGAAAACCGAAAACACUAAAAUUAGAUCCAGGCUUUCCUCACUAGAUUUAAGUACGAAAUCGUUUUUAAAAUUUAAUUAUAAGGCUAAUAAAUACAUAUUGGAAAGUUUUUUACUUCAAAUCACCGGGGGUGAUCAUCACCGUUGGCCAGAAUUAUCAAUUUUUACCGGCACUUUAUAUUUUUAAUGCUGGUCGAUCAUCACUAUUUCAGUCACCGGUGAUCAUCACCCCCGGUGAUAGUUAAGAAUAUUCUAUUGGAAAAAUUAACGGUUAAAAAGGCUUAAUCAAUAAACUUGUUUCGUGUAUAAAAUUAAAUUCAUUUAUACUUGUUCAUGAAAAA